AAGCUCACUUAACCUGAGGCAUGGAGACUGUAAUUUGGGAGACGAAGCCUCGAGCCUAAGGCGAGUUCUCGGGUCCAUCGCCGGGGGCCCAUGUCGGAGGAGUGCGCGCGGAUCGCAGCCCUGGCGGCCGGGAGGACGCGGAAAGGCGCCGGGGAAGAGGGACUGGUGAGCCCCGAGGGAGCGGGGGACGAGGACUCGUGCUCGUCCUCGGCGCCGCUGUCCCCGUCGUCCUCGCCCCGGUCCAUGGCCUCGGGCUCCGCGUGCCCCCCAGGCAAGUGUGUGUGCAACAGCUGCGGCCGCGAGAUCGUGGACAAGUACCUUCUCAAGGUGAAUGACCUGUGCUGGCAUGUUCGGUGUCUCUCCUGCAGUGUCUGCAGGACCUCCUUAGGAAGGCAUACCAGCUGUUAUAUUAAAGACAAAGACAUUUUCUGCAAACUUGAUUAUUUCAGAAGGUAUGGAACUCGCUGCUCUCGUUGUGGGAGGCACAUCCAUUCUACUGACUGGGUCCGCAGGGCCAAGGGGAAUGUCUAUCACUUGGCGUGCUUUGCCUGCUUUUCUUGCAAAAGGCAGCUUUCCACGGGAGAGGAGUUUGCUUUGGUGGAAGAGAAAGUCCUCUGCAGAGUGCAUUAUGACUGUAUGCUGGAUAAUUUAAAAAGAGAAGUGGAAAAUGGUAAUGGGAUUAGUGUUGAAGGUGCCCUCCUCACAGAGCAAGAUGUUAAUCAUCCAAAACCAGCAAAAAGAGCUCGGACCAGCUUUACAGCAGAUCAGCUCCAGGUUAUGCAAGCACAGUUUGCUCAGGACAACAACCCAGAUGCACAGACCCUCCAGAAACUGGCAGAAAGGACAGGCUUGAGCAGACGUGUGAUACAGGUGUGGUUUCAGAAUUGUAGAGCACGCCAUAAGAAGCACGUCAGUCCUAAUCACUCCUCUUCUGCCCCAGUCACAGCAGUCCCACCCUCCAGGCUGUCUCCACCUAUGCUAGAAGAAAUGGCUUAUUCUGCCUACGUGCCCCAAGACGGGACGAUGCUAACUGCGCUGCAUAGUUACAUGGAUGCUCAUUCACCAACAACUCUUGGACUCCAGCCCUUGUUACCCCAUUCAAUGACACAACUGCCAAUAAGUCAUACCUAAUUCCUUUUUUCAGGGAUAGAAAUGAUUAAGGAUAUAAUCUUGUCACUUAUGUAUAAAAUACCAUUGAAAAGAUAUUAAUGUUAAUUUUUUAUUUAACACUCAAAGCAUUUUCAACAUCACUUUGCUGCCCAGGUAUGUAUCUAUAGUUGGCCUGCAAGACACUUUUAUUGAUUAUUCAUUUUUUUUUGUAAAAUUUAUGUUUACAAGAAGAAAACAAAUCGAAACUUUUUUUUUUUGUAUUGUCUGGAAAUAGUUCACUCUAGUGUGUAUCUGUUAAUUUAUUUGUCAUCAAAAGAGCACUUUGCCUAAAAGAAAGGACUGACAAGUGUGCAAAAUGUUUACAAUCCUUUGUGAAAUUGUAGUUUAUCAUUAGUUUGUAUCUGUAAGUUAUUGUUCUAAAUAUUACCUGUAUUUUUUGUUAUAUACAACUUUAUACUUUGAAGCCUGUAUCUGUGAAUUUGCAACUGAAAUUUAUUUUGCCAAUGUUUUCUGAAUGAAUUGAAUAAAGCUUCUGUUGUAGCAUGCCAUGCAAACACAUUAUUGUGUUUGUGGUUGAUGAAUUAUGGCUGUAAAUAACACUAUAGUUUAAUAAGCCCACCACUCUAAGUUUAUUAAACAUUUUCCAUUCUUGUGAAAGUUUCAA